AUGGCUCUCAAGGAAAUGAACCCUACAAAGGCCCCUGGCCCUAAUGUGGUCAUAAUGAAUGCCUUGAGGCUUGAGCAAUUGAUUUCAUGUACUGCACCAAUGGUUAAUGAAAUCAUAUUCACCAAAAAGAAAUAUGCGGGAGGGAAAUUGAAACUGAAAUUUCAUCCGAAAUUUUAUCAUUUCUUUUCCUCUUUUCCCAUCAUCCUCAAUUCCCCACCUAGGCGCCUUCAUCUUCAAACUCCACCUCAGGCUCUCAGCCCUCAUCCUUCUUCGAGAGCCUCCUCCGAUUUUUCGCUCGAACCUCCUCUGCCCGCGUUCGCUCCUCCCUCUAUCUCGUCGCCCUUUACUCAGCUUCGUAGGGGAAUUAGGUGGUUGUGCUGCUGUUUGCCAUUUGAGGACAUCAUCAAAAUGAAGGGCCGUGUGAGAUGGGAUGAGGCUAAUUUGGAGGAUACUGAAGCAAAUAAGCCUGUGAGACAUAAAAUCACUGAACCCAAUACACCAUAUCACCCCAUGAUUGAUGAUGAUGGUGCACAGUUUUUUUAUGAGCAUCUUUGAAUGAGAUUCCUUGUGUAGGUUCAUAGGGGGAACAAGAGAAUUUUUACUGAUGUAAGGAUAGAUGAAUUGCUACACCCCAGAGUCACGGACUAGUAGUGUUUGUCCACCGUGUUGGUGGUACAAUUUGUUAUGGAGAAUCUCUUCUAUUUGUUUGUAUUUGCAAGUGGAAGAGCCAUAUUGUUCUGAUGCACACCUUUAGAAAUUCUUGUUGGAUAUAAAGUUGUAAAA